AUAUGUCCAAUACAUCAGAAGAAGAAUCACAUAAUACUUCUCAUCAUCAGCCACUUAUGGGGAAUUGUGUCGCAGUUCCAAGCAAAGGGGACGCUACAGCUGCUCCUGCAGUGAAGAAGAGAAGAAGCCUACCAGGGAAUCCAGACCCAGAUGCAGAGGUUGUAGCCCUCUCACCAAGAACCCUCUUAGCCACAAACCGUUACAUUUGUGAAGUAUGUCACAAAGGAUUCCAGAGAGACCAAAAUCUCCAACUCCAUAGAAGAGGCCACAACCUUCCGUGGAAAUUAAAGCAGAGAACAACUACAGAGGUGAAGAAAAGGGUUUAUGUUUGCCCUGAAGUUACCUGUACUCACCAUGAUCCUAGCCGAGCUCUAGGAGAUCUGACAGGCAUUAAGAAACACUACUCGAGGAAGCACGGGGAGAAGAAGUGGAAGUGCGAUAAGUGCUCGAAGAGGUACGCGGUUCAAUCGGAUUGGAAAGCUCAUGCGAAGAUAUGUGGGACUAAAGAGUAUCGUUGCGAUUGUGGAACUAUCUUCUCUAGGAAAGAUAGCUUCAUAACCCACAGAGCAUUCUGCGACGCGCUAGCCGAAGAGAACUAUAGAGCCAACCAUGGUCUCGCUGCAAUGGUUGGGACUCUUCAAAGCCAAAAUCAAGAAAUGUUCUCCAACUCAAUGCCAAGCCUCAACUCCUCCAACAUCGACACAGUGAUGAACUCCUCAACCCCUGAACCUCAACCGAACAACCCCCUAAAAUCUCUCUCUCUAAAUCCAUUCAUCCCCAACACUUCAGGCAUUAUGUUCAAUCCAAGCUCUUCGAACCUUCAGUUGCCGACGAACAACUCAUCCUACAUGUCAGCCACAGCUUUGCUUCAAAAGGCGGCAGAAAUGGGAGCGAAAGUUAGUGAUGAGUCAAUCUCUCCUAUACUCCUCAGAGGCUUCACUGGAUACUCAUCAAGACCGAGGCCAUCAGAAGUACCAGAAUGCAGGCAAAGUACAUUUGCCCCUAUUGAUCAAAGGAGUGGAGGGAGCCAAGGAGGCUCUAUGGUUGUUAAUAAUUGCGAAGAGAUUGUGGAGGGGAGAGAUGUGAGGAUGACUCAGGAUUUCCUGGGGUUGGGCGAGUCGAGCUAUGGUGCGAACGGAGUAGGGUUGAGCUAUGGCGAUGGGCAACAGGAGAGCCAGCAGGUCAUGUACUCGUACCAGCAUAUGGCUCAUGGGCCGAAUGCAAUGGAGAAACAAAUGUGGGACUUUUAGUUACGUAAAAUUCGAGACGUUAGGAUUUUGCUAGGAUUCUGACUCCAAUUCUAAGUGCAAGUGUUCAUAAGAUCAAAUUGAACAAGAGGAGCGGUUUUGUUUCGAUGUUGGUGAUGAUUUCUUGAUGGGUUGCUAACAAGUGCUGAUUUUAUGAGAAAGCCUCGAUCGAGAAUC